GUUUCUGUGAUGAGUAGCUAGCAGGAUGGGACUCAUCUUCGCCGCUAGGUGGCGCCUUUCGAGUACCCGGAUGUUGUUGACGCGUUCUCUUCCUGGUCAAGACUUCCCCACACGAGAUGAGAAUCCUCACAGCAUUUGCAAUCUUCGGCCUGGUGUGCCUGGCAGGCUCUGCAGACGACAAUGUGGCUCGUCUGCUGGCAGCCAAACAUGUUCAGAACCAGUAUCUGGUGGAAGGAAGGGACCUGACUGUGACAUAUAGCAUCUACAAUGUAGGCACAAGUGCGGCAUUGAAUGUGCAGCUGACUGACGAGGGCUUCCCAGAAUCAGACUUCAAGGUCAAACACGGAAUGCCAACAGUCAACUGGGCCAGAAUCGCUCCUGGCACUAAUGUGACCCACUCCAUUGUCCUGACACCGCUGAAGUCUGGCAAGUUCAACUUCACGGCUGCUGAGCUGUCCUACGUGCCCUCAGAAGGUGCCCAGCCGCAGAUCGGCUACACCAGCGGGCCUGGAGAGGGCGGAAUCAUGCCGGAGAGGGACUAUGACAGAAAAUUCUCUCCUCACAUUCUUGACUGGGCUGCGUUUGCUGUGAUGACCCUCCCCUCCAUCGGUAUCCCCCUGAUGCUCUGGUAUAGCAGUAACCGCAAGUACCGCAUCUCCAGCAAGGCCAAGAAGCACUGACACCAGCACUCCCCCUCUCCCACCUGGUUUUAGCACACAGCUAUUCAUUUCAAUAAAAAAUUGUUUGGUACAAU